AUGCGGUCUGCGGUGGGUGCGUGUCCGCGCAGCCGGCACCGUGUGCGGCGCAGGGCCAUUGCGACUGUGCGUGUGGCGCUGCUCGUUGUGUUGGCGCUGGUUGCGGCGGCGGCGUGGAUGCCUGCUGUGCAUGCGGUGGUGUUGCGACUGCGGGGCGGCACGGUGGACAGAGCCAUCACGGUUGGCUGCGCCGUGGACACGGUGCUGAUGGACGGCGUGUCCAUCACGAACGGCGUGGCUGUGGUGUUCGACUUGGCGGCGAUGCUUCCCGGCGCGCUGCGCAUUGAAUUGAGGGACUGCGUGUGCGACGGCGGUGCGCAGCUCUACGUGCGGGGUUACAGCGGUGAGCCGGCGACUGACCGGAGCCUGGAGGUGAGCGUGAGCGGGCUGUCUGGGAGCUACUGCUCGCUUGUGUUUGCGCACAACCUGCCGGCACACACGAACGUGACGGUCCGUGACUCGACGAUUGUGACGGCGGGACCGAUGCGCUACUCGCAGCUGAGCGGGCUGACGGACGCGGUGGCGUCGCCGCUUGUGCUGCACGCGACGUCGCUGUUGCAGUCGCAGCUGCGUGUGAGCAACACUGUGCUGAGGUCGUUGCAGGCGGGCGGCUCGGCGGUGUAUUUUGGCGGCGGUGUGGACCUGCUGUCGAGCGCGGUGGUGAUUGACGGCGUGUUGCUGGAGGCGUCGGGCGGUGCGACCGCGUCCGCGAUGCGUGUGGCGUCUUCGUCGUGUCUCAGUCUGCAGAGCCACUCGGUGUUCUCCGUGACGAACGUCUCGGUUGUGAGCAGCGGCGGCGGCAUUGUGCUCGGAGAGCGCCUCGCGGUGGUUGAUUCGGUGCUGCGCUUCGCGGGCGUCGAGGGGUCUGUCGCGUCCUCGCUGGUGCGCUGCGACGGUGGGACGGUCGGUGCCGGCGGGUGGCUGGACCUGCACGACGUGUGGGCGGUGGGCGAGGCGUCGUCUGUGGCGUCGCUGUCGGGGGUGACGCUGAGCGGCGGCACCGUGUCGAUUGCGCGCUGCGCUGCCACCGGCGCUACGCUUGUCUCCGGGCUGGCGAUCACGAGCGGGGCCGUGUCGGUGCAGUGCAACCGUGCCGGCGGCCGGGUGCUGCAGAGCAGCGACGACUACCGUUCGGCCGGCAUGUUUUCCGUGAGCGUGGUGCCGUGCGACGGCUGUGCGGCAGCGCUGGCAUGCUUUGAUGCGCUGACGGCGUCGUUCUCUGACUGUGUGUGCAGCUGCCGUGCCGGCGGCGUGGGCGAGGCGUGCCUGCCGUUCGACGUGCCGCCUGCGAGGUCCGGCGGCGGUGGUGGCGGCGCGGAGGGCUGCGUGAGUGGCGUGACGCUGACGGAGUCGGUGACGGUUGGCGGCGGGCGGGCGACGGCGUGCUUCGACUCGGUGGUGUUUAGCGGGUCGAUCACUGUGGCGGUGGACCUGCGCUCGAUGGAUGCGUUCGCUGACGCUCUGAACGUGACGCUGCGCCACUGCGUGCUUGCGGGUGGCGCGCAGCUGCGAAUUGGCGGCCUCAGCGAGAGCACGGCGCGCCCGAUGCCGCACGCCCUCGUCAACAUGACGAAUGUGACGUCGCUGGAUGGCACGAUCGUGCUGCAUGGCGCGAUGCCGCUGCACUCGAGUGUGCUGCUGGCGAACUCAACGCUGCGCGCGACGGUUGGCGGGUCGCAGUACGUGCCGACGACUCCUGGACAUGCGGGAUUUCGGUACGGCCCCGCGCUUGUCCUGGACGGCGUCCGGCUUCUGUCGACGCGGUUUGUCAUGACGCGGUCGACGCUGGUGUGUGGCGGAGGCUCGUGCGCUGCGAUCCUCGUGGAGCACGGCCUUGGCGUGAACCUGUCCAGCGCCUUCUACAUGGACAACUGCGCCGUCAAUGCGCAGACGCACGUGAUGUACGCUCUUGCGUCGUACCUCCGUGUUGGCGGCGGCUCCGUGUUCUCCAUACAGAACAGCUCGUGGUGUGCGCCGAGCACCGAAUAUUACAAGGGCGCGUGUGUGUUUGGGGACGUUGCGGUGGAUGGCGGCAGCGUGCUGCAGAUCGUGUCCAGCGAGUUCCGUCUCGGCUUCGCCAUGCUCAUGGCAAACACGCUGACCGUGGCUGGCGGCAGCUGGCUGGUGCACCGCGACAACGAGUUUCGCACCGCCUACGUUGUGUACGUGGCCAACAAGAACGGCGUGACGUUCCACGAUCGGAGUGUGUGGUCGAUACUUGACAACAAAUUCACGUAUGGCUCGUACUCGUCAUCCAUUGCACACAUGACAAGCAACUGGCCACCGCCAUCCGACUCUCGCCCGACCAUCUACGGCGUGUGCAACGAGGCACGUGGCUCUCCCGUGACGAAUUACGGAGUCGUCCUCAAUAUUGGAGCACCCGUGAGGGUGUUGGACUGUGGCGCGUGCACCGUGGAGGCCGUGUGCUUUGCGGCGAGGACGAGCAGCAUCAGCGGCUGUGAGUGCGUGUGCGCUGCUGGCGGCUACGGUGACACGUGUUUGCCAGCUGUGGUUCCGGACGGCCUUGGGCCGCUCCCGCUCCCCGAUGCGGACGACACGGAGAUCUGCUGCGUGCACGGUGGCAGCAUCAGCUCCGUGGACGAUCUUGAUCCCGGUGUGCGUGGUCUGUGCUUCGUCAACGUGACCUUCACCGCUGCGAUUGUGCUGGACCUGUCGUAUUUUGACGCGCCACAAAAGACACUCAACAUCACGCUGCUGCAGUGCGUCCUCAUGGGCCUGUCGAUCAAGGGGAGUGGUGCGCGUGUGCACGUGAACGUGACGUCUUCGAUGCUGGAUUCCGGUGAGUUGGAGUUUGAGGGUGAUUUUGGCGCGAGCUUCCAGAUACUGGUGGUGGGCAGUACGCUUGUGACGACGUCGAGCUACGCCAUUCGAUUCCCGAAGUUUACUUUUGGUGAGAACACGACGCUGCUUCUACUCGGCAACAAAAUCGAGGGGAAUAUUUAUGCAGUUUAUUCCCCCGAUGCUUUUGUUUUUGAUGGUGGCGGGAUCAUUGUGAAGGGAAAUACGCUGAGAUCAAAGAAGAGGGAUUACAGAUCGGCAUCAGCCGUUUGUUUUCCCGCUGUUGAUGUGAGGAACGGCGGCUACAUUGACGUGGAGAACAACACGAUGAGCGCAGUAAAUGGCAUUUAUCUUUUUGGGGAUACCACCGUGAGCUCCGCGGGGCUGCUGCGAGUGGCGGACUGCACCUUCUUUGGCAGGAAGGAGAGUUUUGAUUCCACGCUAGUGUUUUUGGACGGUUCUGUGAUUCUCCAGGGUGGUGCGCAGUGGCGUGUGGAGGGCAACAGCGUGAGCGCAGCCUCAGUGAUAGGUAUGCCUAAUUCCAAGCAAAAAAUGAAGCUGUCGGGCAGCGGCACCACCGUGGUGCUAUCAAACAACCGUCAGGCGGAGUCGAGUAAAGCCUUUGCGAAAAUUCCUCCAUGGAGCACGAUUGUGACGUCACCCGCGCGGUUUGUGGUGGGGUGCAACCUGCAGGGCGGUGAGGAGGUGUCGUGCGACGGCGCGCUUCCUGGGGAAGUGGUGCUGUUCAGGUGCGGCACGUGCAACGACGACGCGGCGUGCUACAUGCCCGGGACGGAGUCGGUGGACCGCAGCUUGUGCUCGUGCAGCUGCAAGGACGGAUGGCAUGGCGCGUCGUGUCUUCCCUUCGAGGUGCCCGACACUUUUUUGCUUCCCGUGCCGGAGAGAGCCGUCGACGGCGACACGAGCUGCGUGGUGAACCAGACGCUGACGAACCUCACGCUGAACAUGUGGAAGACGCACCACUGCUACGUGGGUGUGACAUUCAGCGGCGUGGGUGCUGUGCUGACGUUCUUUCUCAAUCGUAUGCCGCUGCAUCUCCCCAUCAACAUCACGCUCACUGGGUGCACAUUCCGUGAGGGUGUCGCGCUGCAGUUUGUUGGGGGUGCUGCGGCGGCCGAGUCAGCUGGCGUCCUGAUCCGCGUGAGCCAGACGGUGAUGCGGUCCUCCGUUGUUGUGUUUGCACUCGCCCUCCCGCAGCACUGCGACAUCGCCGUCACGGAGGUUGACGCGCUGCAGUCUUCUGAGGUCCAGCUGCUUGACCUUAUGAGCAACAUGCUGAGCGUGGUGCUGCUGCAGAACUUUUUUUUGAGUGCUUCCUCGCUGUUGGUGAGCAACGUCAAGGCGCAUGCAAUGAGGUAUGGGGGGUCUGGUUUAUACUCGAGCGGGAUGCUGACGCUGGACCGUGGCAGCUCGCUGUACACGCGGUAUUGCAGCUUCGAUGGAUACGCACAUCUGCUGUACGUGAAUACCCUCACUGUGAGUGAUCACUCUGUUUUUGCGCUUCUCAGCAAUAGAAUUUCUUUUGGGGCAAGCCUUCUUUAUCUGCGCCAGGGAUUCAGCGUAUCGGAUCACAGCGUGUUGCGCGUGGUGGGGAACAGCGUUUUUUCAUUCUAUGCUAUUUACGCUAACAGAUUUUGGAUUGUUGAGCGGUCAAGCUGGCUGGAUUGGCGCGACAACGACGUGGGAUUGGGUGCGAUUUUCAAGGACUGUGAUACCACCUUUGUGAUCAUCGACGGCAGCAGUGUGGUGACGCUGACGAGCUGCAAGAUGGGCUCGACGGGGUUGUCGGGACCCCUGCUAUCGCGGGUUGGGGCCGGCUACCGGUUCGUUGCUGGGUGCCUGACGGUCGCGGGACGGAAGGUGACGACGGCGGAAGAACUGGCGCUCCACGGCAUCACCAACGUGACGACGGUUGCCGCGUGCGGGGAGUGCACGAAGGACGGCGACUGCUUUGCUCCGCUGACGACGGCGAUCAAGGACUGCAAGUGCCAGUGCGCUGCUGGAGGGCACGGCGAUGUGUGUGUCCCGGCGCCUGUGCCUGCUGGCCCACCGCCACCGCCACCAACAACACCACCACCAGCAACACCCACGCCGCCACCGCCGGUUGGUGAGUGCAUCAGCGACAUGGUGUACCCCGAGGUGGCGCAGUCUGUGGGCGGCGGGCUGUCGUGGCUGUGCUACCGCAACGUGACGUUCAGCGGGGGCGGCAUGUGCCUGACGGUGCUGAUAGGGGCGAUGACGGGCGACGUGGUGAAUGUCACGUUCGAUGGAUGCACGUGGAGGGACGGUGCCGUGCUGUUGCUGUUGGGCAACGUGUACGCCGCUGUGGGGUCGCUGAACAUCGUCGUCACCGGCAACACAUUUAGUGACGCGCUGCUCAGUCCGGAGGGUGUGUUUCCACCGCGCACGAACAUCACAAUCAGCGGGAACCGCUUCACUGUCACGAGGCUGAUCCCUCGGUCGGGUUUGGUUCUUAGGAGGCCGUCGUGUGUUGCGAUGAAUGGGCUGGCGAUCAGCAAUGACUCCGCGGUGGUGCUGAGCGGCAAUGUGUUUCAGACCGUGACGGCAUCGUCAAGCGCCAUUCGAGUUGUCAGAUCUGCGCUGAGGGUGUCUUGGCACUCUGUGUUUGCGGUGUUGGGCAACGCGUUUCAUAUGGACGGCGCUAACAGUACGCUGAUAUAUCUUGAAAGGUCUGGCCAGUCCUCAUUGCUGAGUGUACUGAACAACUCUGCCGUGGUGAUCCGAGGCAACGUUGUGACGAGGCCGGUGAAGUACUUCAUGAACAUUUUGUCGGUCUUACGUGUGGAGUCUUUUUCAGCUGUUGUGUUUCAGAGGAACGACAUGCAGGGAAGCUCGGUUGUGUCCUUUUCAAGCUACACCUCCAACAUCUACUACCACUCCUGGCUGCAGUUGAGCGGCAAUCUCUGCCGUGAAUCCCCAUCGGAAGCCUUUGCUUUUUUUUACUCCACGGUGAAUCUCCGCGACUCCACGUUGUCUGUGUCCGACAAUCAAUUUAUUUCCAGCAGGGGAAUGACGAAAGCGCUGUGGAUACCUGCAGUUUCCAGAGACCUCAAAAAAGGAGAGAUUGUGGCCGCGUGCAACACUGUGAACGGCGAGGAGGAGGCGUACUACGUUAUUCCGUCCGUGUACAAUGCCACCAUUCUGACCUGCAGCGAUCCAUGCACUCUUGCGGCGUCGUGCUUCCCCGUGUACACGACGACGGCCUCGAGUGAUGGCUGCGCCUGCACGUGCGCGGAGGGCGGCCACGGCGAUGCGUGCCUGCCCGUUGCUGUCCCCGAGUCCCCAAGCGCCGACGGCGCUGACUUGUGCGUGCGCGACGUGCGUGUGGGUGUGGAGGUGAACGCCGGUUUUGGGACGUCGGUGGCGUGCUACGUUGGUGUGACCUUUGCGGCGGACGU